AUGCUUGUCUCUCAUACCUAUCUGAUAUCGCUCUUCUCAUGGCUUUUAUCACUCCCCCCUUCUCCUUCCCGGUCUGGGGUGGAAAUCAUGGAAGCGGUGAUGGUUCUUCUCCACUCUUUUCAUUCUCCCCUUGAUUCUCCCUCGACGCCCCUUCUCUCCCAUUUCCCCGCAUUUCCCUUUUCCACCAUUUCUCGUUCCCAUCAAUCCUCGUCCCCACCAGGUCUGGGGUGGAAGUCAUGGAAGCGGCGCUGGUUCCUCCUCACGCGCUCCUCCCUCAUCUUCUUUAAGCACGAACCUAGGGGUCGCAUUGACAUCUCAACUGCAAUAGGAGGCAUCGAGUUCAAUAAUGCCGGCAAGGUGCACAUCAAGCCGGACAAGAAACAGCUCUCUCUCACUUUCCCGGACGGCCAUGCAUUCACCUUUAAGACGGACACACUGGAGGACCUGGAGGAGUGGAGGGACGCGCUUGAGGACGCCAUUUCCAAGGCGCCUCCACCUUCUGUGAUGAUGGGUCUGCCCCGUGACACACUCUUUAGAGGAGAUGGGCUUGAUAUAGGGGACAACGACGGCCCCCCAGGACCAGGCAAGGAGCGGCGGCUGCGAUCCAUGCUGCUGUGCCGCCCCUUCUCCCUCGCGCUGGAGGACGUCAACGGCUCGCCCUCUUUCCUUGAGAAGGCCCUGCAGUUCAUAGAGGUCCAUGGAGUGAAGCUGGAGGGCAUUCUGCGAGCAGCAGCGGACGUGGAGCAGGUGGAGAGGCGUUUGAAGGAGUACGAGGAGGGGCACACGGAGUUUGAGGACGGGGAGAGCCCACACGUCGUGGGCGACUGUGUCAAGCUUGUCCUUCGGGAGUUACCAACGUCCCCUGUGCUGCCAUAUGCCUGCACCGCCCUCGAUCAAGCCUUCCAGCUGGACGAGGCAGAGGCGAAGCUAGAGGCGGUGCGCAAUGCCAUGCUCAACCUGCCCGAACCCAACCGGCGCCUGCUGCACCGUGUGCUGCAGACCAUGAUCGCUAUAACCAACAACGAGUCAAUCAAUAGGAUGAACGCCUCCGCUGUCGCAGCCUGCAUGGCGCCGCUCCUCUUCCGCCCUCUUUUCAGCGGGGAACUUCAAGCAUCGUCCAAGGGCGAUGACGAUGGGGAGGACGGGGCUGCUGCGGCUGCCGCUCAGAUCAUGGCUCUCACCAUGGCCGCCAACCAGGCGCAGACCAUGACGAUUUACCUCAUGGAGAAUAUCGACAAGGUGUUCGUGUGUGCAGCGGGCGGGGCAGCGUGGGAUGGCGAGGAGGGCGAGCUGGUGGACGAUGAUGACGAUGGUGGUGUGCCUACCAACCCUCUCUUCCUCACUCUCCGCAUGUUCUCAAUCCCCGGCGAGGCUCUAGGUCGGGGUCUGGCGCGCGGUGUAUACAGCGGGGCAGCAUGGGACGAUGAGGAUGACGAGGAGGGCGAGCUGGUGGACGAUGAUGGCAAUGGUGCUGUGCCUACCUGUCUUCCUCUCCUCCCCCACUCCCUCCCAGGGCGAGGCACUUGGCCGGGGGGUCUGGCGCGUGGGGUAUACAGCGGGGCAGCAUGGGACGAUGAGGAUGACGAGGAGGGCGAGCUGGUGGACGAUGAUGACGUGGACGAGGACAACGAUGACGAGGACAGCGGUGCCCAGGUGGCGGUGCUGGAGGCGUCGCGUCAGGAGCUGCGCGCCUCGCUGGCAAAGGAAGUGCGAGCGAACGAGAUGCUCAAGGAGAGUCUGGUGCAGCGGAGGAAGACUCUGCAGGAGCUGAAGAACGCCCUUCAGAGAGACGUGAGUGUGGGGUGGGAAAGUAAGGAAGUGCGGGCGAAUGAGAUGCUCAAGGAGAGUCUGGUGCAGCGGAGGAAGACGCUGCAGGAGCUGAAGAAUGCGCUACAGAGAGACGUGAGUGCACUGAGGGGAGGUGCUGUGCUGAAGGGAUGGCCCAGGGUGGGCGGCCCAGCUGCGGCUGGACCUGCAGGAGCAGAGGGAGCUGUAUGCACGCAUGCAGACAGGCAUCAUCUCUCUGCUACUCCUGACCUCCUUUUCCUCCCUUUCCCCUUGGCCUGUCCUCUCCUCUCUCCCCUGUUUCGUCUCCAGGCGGCUCAGCUGCGGCUGGACCUGCAGGAGCAGAGGGAGCUGUAUGCGCGCAUGCAGACGGGAAUCAAGGGACCCGUGCCUGAGAUAGAGCUCGAACCCGAGCUGAAAGCUGAGUUGAAGGAGAUUGAGUCGCUAGAGAAAUCCGUUGCCCUGCUUCGCACAGAAACCGAGACUCUUCAGCGGGAGCUGCUGCACGUGACACAUAAGCAGCAGCAGCUGGAGCAGCAGCAGAAGCAGCAGCAACAGGCGGGUGUGGCAGCAGGAGGGGGAGUGGGAGGAGCGCCCCUGACUGGGGCGAGCGCAGAGCAGCGGCAGCGGAUUGAAGCGCUGCGGUCGCUGCGGGCGCAGCUGAAACAGGAGCUGGAUAGGACCAUGGCCAUGUGUCUUGAGGAACAGCAGAAGAACGCUGAGUUGGAGGAGAGGCGGCGGCAGGACGACCCAGUGGCGUUGGAGCAAGCAGUGAUGAGACAGAAGGCAGCCGUGCAGCAGGCUCAGGCUGCGUUUGAGGCUGAAAUGGCAAGGGGCAAGGAGUUGAGGCGCAAGCUACAGCUGGCUCAGCAGAGGGCCGCUGCUGCUGCCCUUGCCAGUGCCAAUGCCGCUGCAGGCUCGGGAGGCUCCGGCUCGGCCGAACCUGCAGGCCAGGCCGGGCAGCAAGGCUCGGCCGAGGCUGACGCCCGAUCCGCACCUGAUGGGGAGGCUUGUCCAGCAGGUCCGUCGGCCGCAGCUGCAGCAGCGGCAGCAGCAGCGGUGGCUGCAGCAGGGGGAGCUGGUGAGCCUCCCUCAGCAGCGGCUGCUGCUGCUGCCUUUGCUGAGUUGACUGCCAGGCUUGAAGAAUUCAAGCGGCAGCGUGCUGUGCUGAUUCAGCGCCUCGCUGCGCUGUCCAAUGAGACGGUGCCAGGUGGCCCACAGGGAAUGGCUGGGGCUGGAGGGCCGAGGGUGCCUCAGUUGUCAAGGGAUAUCCCAAGUCACUGA